GAAACAAACAUAACAAAGAAAAUUAAGAUAUGGGAAGAUUAUCGAGUUUGUCUGAAGCGCAAGCAGGUGCGUAUAGAGAUGCUAGGCCACCUUACCCUCGCUCCUGGUUCAAAAUGUUGGCGGAGAAAACAGACAUGCACGAACGUGCAUGGGAUGCUGGCACUGGCAAUGGCCAGGCCGCAAUUGGGGUGGCCGAACACUACAAGAGAGUGGUUGCAACCGAUAUUAGCAAAGAGCAGCUGAGACGGGCCACGCCCCACCAGCGAGUUAAGUACUGUCUAACCCCAGAACACAUGUCUGAGGAUGAGCUGGUGGAUCUGGUCGGUGGAGAUGACUCGAUCGACCUGGUGAUCGCCGCACAGGCAGUUCACUACUUCAACCUCGAAAAGUUCUACAAUGUCGUCCGACGUGUUCUGCGCAAACCGGGCGGUGUUAUCGCCGUAUGGGUGUUCAACGAGAUAUCCAUCUCGUCGGCCGUGGACAAAGUCUUCCGACGCAUUUCCGACUCUACAAUCCCUUUCAGGAACGAUAGAACGAACAUGGCCUUGGCAGGUUACAAUAAUUUGCCUUUUCCUUUUAGGAACAUCGGUAUCGGGUCCGAGGGGAAUUCACAUGCACUCAAGCUUCAUAGCAAGCUUUCGCUUGAAGGUUUUAAGAAUUAUCUCAAGUCUUGGCAACUGAUCGUGAAGGCUAAGGGAAAAGGAAAAGAUUUAUUGACGAAACGAGUGAUGAGUGAUCUUGAAGAUGCAUGGGGUCGAAACCCAGAUAGAGAUGUCGUGUACAAGUUCUUCAUGAUAGCUGGAACUUGCUCGGAAGAUUCCGAAUCCUCUGAAGAUUCUGAAACAUCUGAUGAAGACUCUGAUGAGAGUGAUGAGCGCCUAGGAGCUUUGAAAGGUGUCGCUAUGCUUGUGGUUAAAACCCUCUUUUGUUAGGUCCAACACUAUUGAGAGAAGAACAAGAACAUGACGACAGGUGAAACUAAAGAUUAACAUGUAAAAAGGUGAAACAAUUUUUUCCUACCAGAUGAAAAAAAACAUGAAAACGUAGUUUUUUUAAUAAUCCGAAAGUUUAUCGGAACUUUGACUCGA